AUGCAAGCGUUAGAUUACCUUGUCUUACAAAUACUGAACCGCCAUUCGACAGGCAGGAAACAUGGGGAACAACAACAAUUAUGGGACUGUAGGCAUACCUCUGAGGAUAUCAAAGACGUGGAAAGAAAACUAGGCGUCGGUGAUAGGCUGGAGUUUAACCGCGGUCUGUACGCACACUGGGGUAUGUACGUCGGUCGAUUCCAAGGGAUGAGGCACGCUGUCGUCCAUUUCGGUGUGUUCGAAAAAGGGCUGGAAUGCCCCAAAAAGAAGAAAUCAGGCAGAGCGUUUGCUGCCAGUCAGAAGCCAGAGAUACGAGCUGACACGAUUGGGAAGAUUCUCGGCGGUUCUGGGGAGGUGAGGAUCAACAACACCAGAGACAACGAAGUAGAGCCUUUGAGGCCCAACGACAUCAUUGAAAAAACAAAGUCAAAUCUCCGAGACAAAACGCCGACUGCUUAUAAUCUGUAUGGGAACAACUGCGAGCACUUUGUGAAUCGUUGUCGGUACGGUACACCCCACAGUGAGCAGCUUUGCUCCCCAGGAUAA